AAACACAGCGUCCUAGGCAACGCUCGAUCGGAUCCGGCGUCCAUGUUGGAUCGAUAUGGCAAUUUGUACGGGUUAGGCAACUUAGAGUUAUGGCAGCUGUGAUUGUGUUAUGUAUGAUUUAAAAAAACAAAGUGAAAAUUGACGAACAGUAAUUUUCAGUGAAUUCGUGUUAUUUUGUUAAAGGUUUUAUGAGAAUGUGUCGUUGGGGCUGUCCAACAACAAACACGACGUAUCAGUGCAAAUGGUGCGGCACGAGGUACUGUAAGGAAUGUCUGAGGGGGGAGUUCACGGGGGAGAUGAAGGAGUCGACAGAGUGCAGGAAAUGUCGCCAGAAAAAAUGUCAAGGUCAAAGGGUCGAAUUUGUCGCUCGGCAACCGCAGGAGAACCAAACAGACAACGAAAAGGGAAAGGGGGGAGUUUCCACCAAGGGACGUAACUCUAGUCCUUCUAACAAACGAAAAGCUGAGACAUCGGGAAAGAAGAAAGCAGGCGGCAAAAAGAGCGGCAAAAAGGCGGGGAAGAAAGGCGGGAAGAAGAAAAAGAAAAAGAAGUGAACUGUCCAAUAAAUGUGUUUGUAACUGCACACGUGUAUGUAACAGCGAUCUUGAUAGGUUAGACAAAAAGGACAGCAGCUACGCAAUGCCGUUCACCAAGUAAAUUGUGCGCAUUGUAAUCUAUGUACAUAUUGUUGAAGCUGAAAAUGCAACUUGGUGUCGAUCAUUUAUAAACAACAAUAACAAAACAUUUUGCCAAAACAUGUACGGAUCAUCAUUCUUAAUAUUUAUUUAAUAUAUCUUUAUUAUUAA